AUGAUCUCACCGUACAACUUAAAUGAUUCUAUUGUUCGUUUACGUUUAAAAAAUGGUGCUGCAUUAGAUCCAGAUGAUUUAAUUUGUGAUGUUGCUGAUGAUCGUGAAGAAGUAAAAUUAUUAGCAAUUAUUGAUUCAUUAGUCGUUAAUUCGAAUGAUCAACAUCAUACGAUAAAUAGUAAUGGUGAUGAAAAUAUAUCAUCUAGUUGGAGUAGUUCAAAUUUAUCUUCAAGUAUAUCUGAGCAUGAGAAAAUGAUAACAACAACAAUAAAGAAUAAUUCAAAUGAAGUUAUCGUAACUGAUGCGGAUUUACAAACUCCAGCGUUAAGAGUGAAGAAUGAACUUUGUGAUCAGUCAGACUCUAUUGUGACAGAAUCUGAUACGAUACCUCAGCCGGAUAUGUUAAAGUAUCCCAACAAUGGACAUCUAAGAUCAUCUGUCUCUAAUACUUAUAAUUCACAAGAGAAGUUUUAUGACAAUUCAUUGAUUCAUACUGUUUACUCUCCACCGACAACUGAUUUAAAACUCUCUGCUGCUCCGUUACAAUCAUUUCUUACAUCUACAUUACCUUCUUCCUCAUGUGCAUUAAAUAAUAGUGGUGAUAGCGGUAGAAUCCACAGUAUUCAAACUGAUGAAAAAACUGGUGAUAAAUCAUUUUGUAUUUUACUGCCAAAAGACAAUAGUCCGUUGGGCAUUCAUGUUAUACCAUAUCAUAGCAAUAAUAGUGCUCAAGAACCUAUUGGCGGUUUAGUUUUACAAAAUAUUGAACCAGAUGGCAGAAUAAAGAAGCAUGGAUUUUUAAGUCUAAAUGACAGAAUCAUCGAAAUAAAUCAAAGAAAUAUCGAAAAGUGCACAUUUGACGAAGCACAAUUUAUCUUUCAUGAUGCACUAUCAAAGUCGGAAUUAGAAUUAAAAAUUAUUAGAAGUACCAAGAAAUCAUAUCCAAUACCGCCCAAAUCAAUAACAAAUUCAAUUCGUUUGAAAGACGAAGGUAAACGAAAAUCAAAAUUAUUACUUACAGAAACAAAACCUAAUCAGAGUAACAAUAACGAUUCAACAACAUUAAUAUCCUGUACAGAUAACGAUAAUAAUAUAAACGCGUUAAAUACAAGAAAAUUAGGAAGAAUUAUCAAAAUUAAACUCGUAAAAGGUAAUGAUGGUCUUGGAUUUAAAUUGGCAUCUCGUGAUAAUCCGACGGGUGCUGCUAAUCCAAUUUAUGUGAAAAGUAUAUUUCCAAAAGGCGCCGCUAUUGAUGAUGGCCGUUUACAGCGUGGAGAUCGUCUAUUAAAAGUAAAUUUGAUUGAUGUUACAAAUGUGAGUUUACAAGAUACUGUCGGUCUAUUGCGAGAAACUCGUAUUGGUGAAACUGUUGAAUUAAUUAUAUCAAGACAACGUGACGGUUCAUUGCCUCAUGAUCUGAUUGUGGAUCAUCAAAAUCUACAGCAAUCACCAAUAUCAUCAUCAAAAUCUCAGAUAUUUACAUAUGAUAUACCAUUGAAUGAUACCUCUUCAGCUGGAUUAGGCAUCACACUUAAAGGAAAAACGUCUAUCAUAGACGGGCAAUCGAUUGAUUUAGGAAUCUAUGUAAAAACCAUUUUAAUGGGUGGAGCCGCUUCAAGAGACGGACGGCUUCUACCGAAUGAUCAAUUAUUGAUAAUUAAUGAAUCGUCGCUAAUAAACACACCUAAUUUAGAGGCAGCUGAAAUAUUGCAUGAUGCAGUCCGACAUGAAAUCAUACCUGGUCAUAUCAAAGUGACAAUAUCACGCUCACAGCACGAACUCGUGGAAAAUCGUGAGGAUGAAAACACCAAGAACAAGGAUUCGUAUCAAAUAAUCAACACUAGUAAAAGCAGCAAUGAGAAUAAUAAGGGUUGUAUUAGAGAAACAGAUUUGCCGUCUCUAACGUCAUCAGCUGUUAAUCAGCCAUCUUUAUCAACCGAUAUUAAAUUGAAUGAAAACGAAUUAGACCUAACAGCAUUUGUUCCAUCGCUAUUACAUUCGUUUCGGUAUAUCAAACAAUCACAACAACAACAAUACACAGCUCAAUCGAAUCGAUCUGAAUCAAAUAAAGUAACAGAAAUUGAUAAUCGCUCUUCUAGUCCACGGUCAUCGUUUUCAACAGUUACUAAUCGAUCAAGUAGAUCCCCAUCAAAAAAUACACCAAAUUUUAAUCAACAACAGUAUCAUCAUCAUGUUGUUUCAGACUAUCCGCAACAACACCGAGAACCAAAACUACCAUCCAGUGUUUCCUCUAAUGACUUUAAAAUUCCCAGUAUCCCAAACAACAAUGAUCGAAUGCAUGAUAACAGUGAGAAUGGUACUCAAAAUAACAACCCAUUCGAACGUGAAACGGCAUUUCGUCAAAGUAUAUCUGAAAAACGUCGUCUUAGUCAUCAACCGAAUCAACAGGCAUUACACUGGAAACAACGUUCAUUUCAUGAGACUCACCAAGGAGACAGAAAACAAGCAACGCGUGUAUUACCUAUAACACCACCAAGUACUAACAAUGGUGUUGGUGGUUUAGCCCGUGCAAACUCCUUGGAAAGUAUUCACACAUUAGUUAAAAAUGAACAACAAAUUAGAAAAAAUAAUUUAACAACCUCUGACGACGAAUAUAAACGUCAAGCACAUCUUCGUAGUCGUGCGUGCAACGAGAGUUUUCGUCAAGCCGUGGAUAAAUCAUAUGGUAAUCCUUUAGAAGAUGGUAGAACAAAGAGAAAAGACAAAACUGAAAAAACAAAUUCAAAUGUUGAUCUAUUGCAUGAGCCUCGAUCUGCUGAAGAGGAAAGAUCAAAUCCGCUUCCUUGUCAACAAAAUUUAUUGCCAAAACAUCCUAUGGCUUUUCCAGUCACCUCCUCAAAUGACGAGAAUCAAAUUACGCCAUCUUUUCUCCCUCCACCAGCACCAUUUAGUACAAGACAAGAUUCGACAUCAACAUUGUCUUCAAAAACAAAAAUAGUAAGCAAAGUGAUUGUUCAAAGUUUUACUGACACAGUUACGAAAGGAAAAAGAAUUUAUCGUAGUAAUGAGUAUUUUCAGUACGAUCUAUUACGUUGUUGGUAG